AUGAAAGGAGAUGGUCUUCUCAGAAGUGGUGGGCUUGUACUAAGUCCAAAGUGGCCAUGGCUGGGUUGCAGUCCAGAUGGUGUUGUAGUAAAAGGUGGAGUUCCUGUUGGCUGUGUUAAAAUUAAAUGCCCAUAUGCAAGCAAAGAUUUAAAUAUCUCUGAAUCUGUACACAGCAGUACAAGAUUCGUCCUAAAACAAACUGAAAAUAGUUGGAAGCUUCAAGAAAAACAUGCAUAUUACUACCAGUGUCAAGGUGUAGUAAACAUUGACUUUGUGGUAUAUACUAAUGUGGAUAUAUGCAUGUGGAGAGAAUUCACAAAGAUAUUUCUUUGUGGGAAAAUGUAAUGCUCCCAGAACUGACAUUCUAUUUUUCUUUUAUUUGUCCUCUAACCCAUUGAGUUACUACUUGGUGAUUUUACUUGGCAAGGGAGACACCUUGGUGUUGUGCCUUAACCCAUUGACCUCCAGCGAUUGCCUGUUGAUAAGUAAAAUUGUCUGGCAUUAGACAGAGUAAAAUAAUAAUGGGUUAAAUGUGCUAGUGAUUUACCUUUAUCAUUAAUUUCAUGAUGUGUAAUUAUAGUAAAUUAUUUGUAAAAUGACAAUUUUGUUUAUAAAAAGCAAAUUGGUCUAAUCAAACAACAUAUCUUUGCACAAGCAAGGGGGGGGGGGGGUUAAUGAAGGCAUGGCUUGAUAGGCUAGGGGGUAUUAUUAAUGAUGAAUUCAUCCGAGAUCAAGUCAUUGAAAAAAGAGCUGUAAGUUAUGUAAGUUAUGCUAGUUGAUCUUUAACAAGUGUGGAGAGACGAUAUAGCCACACUGAGAAAGAGGCUCUUGGUUUAGUUUGGGCGUGCGAAAGAUUUCAUGUUUAUCUCUAUGGGAGUAAGUUUGCGUUGAUCAUUGAUCAUAAGCCUUUGGAAGUCAUUUAUUCGAAGAAUUCAACGCCACCAGCCAGGAUACAAAGAUGGGUGCUACAUUUACAGUUGUAUGAUUUUACAGACACGUAUAGACCUGGAAUGCAGAACAUUGCUGACACACUGUCCAGAUUGACCAUGAACACAAGGCCGACCAUCGAUGCAGAAGAUUAUAUACGUUUUGUAGCAAAGAAUGCAGUUCCAAAUGCGAUCACGAUCCAAGAAGUGGAGAAAGAGCCAGACAAGGAUCCAGAACUUUCCAAGGUUAGAUCUUGUAUAUUGACUGAUCAUCAAUGGGAAUCAGUAGAUGUAGCAUAUAGAUCUGUUAGACAAGAAGUUAGUGUUUUGGGAAAGUUAAUAAUUUGUGGUAUGCGCCUGGUGAUUCCGAAGAUAUUACAGAAGAAGGUCCUGAAUUUGGCACAUGAGGGACACCAAGGAAUCGUUAAGACCAGACAGUGUUUAAGAAGUAAAGUUGGGUGGCCAAAUAUUGAUAAGGAGGCAGAAAAAGUAUGUUGUACAUGUCAUGGAUGUCAAGUGGUGCAAUUACUUUCUCGCCCAGAACCAAUGGUAAGAACGUGUUUACCAGAAUCUCCAUGGGAAAUAAUUGCGUGUGAUUCACUUGGUCCAACAGACAAUAAUAUUUAG